AUGUCCACAUAUCACGUCAUUUCUUCAACUAUUACUACUACGAUAUCAGAUCGAAAUACACCAUUUCUUCGUUUAACACCUUCUUCACCACCAACAAGUCCAACAGAAAAAUAUCACAAUAAUUUUUCUAAUCUUGAUCACUCUAUUAUAAAUAAUAAUAAUAAGACUGUCCUUACCAAGAACAAUGAUACAACUGAUAACGCUACCAAAAGUUUACUGACCACAUCGACUGGUGGUGGUGGAUUUUCAUCUGAUCCCUCGUAUUUUUAUAAUUCACCAAAUUCUUCAACACAUUCUUUAACAGAUCAGGAUGAAGAAGAUUUGGAUGAAAAUAUAUUUUAUACGACCAUAAGGAAGGAUUAUCCGAAAAUACUUGAUAGAGUAACCGUCGUUUGCGUACCUCACUCUAAAAGUAUUGUUGGAAUGAGGAUUAAUCGUAAUUUUAUCGAAACGCAUUCGUUAAAGCCUUCACCAUAUUUUCAAGGUCAAUUUCAAAGUAUCAAUAAAAAAGUUGUAUCCAUUGAAAGAAAUUGGAUAAAGUUAAUAUCAGAACGUCCAUUAGAGGGGGAAGGAAGGAAAUCAAUUUCAACGGAUGAUGAUUAUCAAAUGUUUAAUAUACCAAUAGAGAGGAAUCAUGAAACGGAUUUAAUAUUUUUGAGAAGUAUAUUAGAUAAUGAUAAUCCCAUAAAGGACCUUGAAAAUAUGAUCGAAGAAUUUAACGAAACUUAUGUAUAUGUCAAAGGAUAUUCCGGAUUUGCAGUGGAUAGAAUUGCUCAAAUACUUCAAAGAGCUGUUCAGGGCAUACUACAAUCUAACAGUAUGUUAAGUGUCGUUUGUCGUACACAACAUGAAUACGAUCAUUUUCUGGAGCUAGUCGAGAAUAUUUUGAUGAGUGAAUUACACAACAAAAUAUUUAUCCAAUCUCUUCUGCCUAUCUAUCAUUCGCAUGACUCCUAUCUUGAAUCAAUAAUUAAUAUUUACUCUCGUGCUCAAAUAUCUCUAAAGGAUUAUGGAGUAUGCGAAAGAUUACAAGAUAUGCCUGUGGAAAUGCUAAAUGCUGCAUGUGAAAUAUUAAAAAAUUUGGAUGAAGAUGAUGACACAAGUAUUGGAAUACGUGAUAACGACGCAUUGAAAUAUGCCGGUCUUGGAAUCACAACUCAUUCCAAUAAUACUGAAGGCGGCGGUACUAUACAAGAAAUUGCCACAAUUUCAGAUACUUAUUUGCAAUUGGCCGCUCCUAAAUUAACGCAUGAAGAAAAUGAGAGGUCUUCGAUUACUACGGAUGAUUUUAUUCCUUUGCUCGCUUAUGUCAUUAUCAAUAGUAAAAUCCGAAAAUUAGCGAGUAUUCUGUUUUACAUGCAAACAUUUAGAUUAUCUAAAGUCGAGAGAUCUGAGUUGAGUUUCGCUUUAACAACUCUAAGAGCCUCUACGGAAUUUUUAAAAUUGGAUCCAUUACAACUUCACGAUACAAUUUCUACCACGUCAUCAAUAUCAUCAAUUUCAUCCCAUUCAUCACAUAAAUUUAGCCCUCCAAUUUUGCCGAAUAAUAGUAAAGUACGUAGUCGGGCGACUUCAUUAUCUUCACCGUCCACCUCGAAUUCGUCAGCAUCAUCAGUUUAUCCUUCAUCUCAAUACAAUUAUUUAAAAUGUUUCUCUACACCUGGGUUAGUUCAACACCCACCAAAACGAGAUAAAUCACCUGCAAGAUCCUUAAACUCCGGACCAACUACUAGUCCAAGAAUGAGCAAUAGUCCCGUUAUAUAUGGAGGAUAUAAUAAACAUCAAAAUAAUGUUGAUGAACUAAUGACAGUAUCUUCAGGAAGAUCAAAGAAACAAAGUGAUUUUGAUAAUCACAAUCCAGCACCAAGGAGACGUCGACCAUCAAUUACACCAGGAUUAGUCAUAAAACCACAGAUAUUGUUAUCAUCUACUAAUAGAAAUGAAGGAAACAAUGGUAAUAAUGUAAAUAGUAUAUCAAUCACAGAUUCUCCCCUUACUUUGUUACCUCUAAAACCUAUGACAUCUGCUACCAUACCCGCUGUAUGUGAUAUUUCAGAUGUUGUAGGAAUUAUGAGUGGUAUUAAUGAAAGGAAUAAUGAUUAUGAAAGUAAUAAUAAUGAAAAUAAUAGCAUAAAUGAAAGUAAGGAUAAAAUAGGAAAAUUAGCACCAUUGACCACAAAAAAAUCUUCAUCCCGAAUGACAUCACGGUCAAAUCCUGUGUCACCGAAAUAUCCAAAAAAUUCCGGGGACUUGACAGGGGGAUUUAAUGUAAAUAACAAUAAUAAUGGUAGAAAACCAAAUAAUUGGAGACAUUCAAUACAUGCACCUGAAAUUCUUGCAGUAAUACCAAGACAUACAAGUAAUGGUAUUACACAUACAGGGAAACCUAUUUUGGAUCUUUCUCCACCAAAUGCUGAAAUAUUAGGAGACUUUUUAAGUAGUUUACAAAACAUUGAUGGUGAAGUUGCUGGUAAUAGAAAUGGAGGAUUAACUGCCAGAAAAUGGUGA